UUAUGUUAUCCCCUAUUGGUAUGCCGGAUAUCGGAACGGAAUGUAUUUCGAGGUGUAGAUCUCGUAAAGAUGGGUCACUGUCAUUUUUCAGAUCUUUUGUUUCGGUAGGUUGUGGGAACGGAACCUGCUUCGCCCUAUAUUUCACCCAAUAUGAUGGAAUCGAUUUUAAUAAGGUUUUGUGUUUAUACAAAACCUUUACAAUGAAUUCUCAAAGCGACCUGCAUUUCGAGGAAAACGGCGCAAAACAGCAAAUCUUAAUUUGGUCAUAUUUAUCAUGGCAUUUGCCUACUUUCAUUUUCUUGCAAUUAUUGUUAUGGAUCCCAUUUCUGCAGAAGUUGGAAAUUGAACUUCAUUUUUCAGUUUCCGUUGGAAUGAAGGCGAUUUGUUUUGAAAAUAAAUAUUUAUUUUGUACUUAAAAUAAAAUAAAUAUUUUGUACUUAAAAUAAAAAAAUAUAUAAAUUAAGAAGUUCUAAUUAGGUACUAGCACUGAAGAAGGAGGCACGUGGUCUCCAAAAUGAUCGUAUGCGGGGAAAAAAUAAAAAUAUUUACAGGAUAAGGAAAAAAAUCUAGUUCUCAUUUUUCAACUUAUAAAUUAAGAAAUUAAAUGCGGUACUAUAAACUUACUAUAAACUUUUUCGACAACAGCUUAUCAGAUGACGUGACAAUCUUAAGUUAAACAAUAACUCACUCUGUUAUUAUUCUCUUUAUAUUACAUUAUUCGCUUCAUUUGUAAUAAUUUUUAUGCUUAUUAACUAGGACUUAAAACUAGAAUACUACCGCAUAUGUUGCUGAUGUGCAUUGUUGGCGGAUUCCAUUAACAUCAACAUUGUUUGAUAACCUUUUGAGGAGGCAUCAUCCGCAGGUAGCAUAAAGCAAUGUGGUUAACUUAUAUAACUCGAAAAUUGAAUGCUUUACGU